AUGCAUUUAAAGUCACUCCUCGGAGUGCUGGUAUGUCCAGCAAGCCAUGUUUUAGCAGACGAUUACACGGCAGUUGUAAAUUUGGCGUCGACUCGCAGCGCUACAACGCAUAAUACGUCUGCAUUCAUCUACGGCAUGCCCCUGAACUAUGACCCGAACCAGAUCCCGGAUGCGUACUACUCUAAUAUCGCAAUCAAAUUUGGACGCGCUGGUGGUGCCCAAUUGACCGAUCCUUGCCGCGGAUGGACAUUCGGUUUCAACGAGUACCAAUGCCGGUUCAAUGCGACGAUGCUCAACUAUAAGCAAACACGCAAGUUCGGAGCCCAGUUCAUCAUUCUCCCUCACGAUAUAUGGGGUAUCGAUUUCGUGAACUCUACCUAUAACUGGCCCGGCGAUGAUGCAGAUUGGACAAGCUAUGACGACUUCUUGAACCAACUUAUUUCUGAUUUAAAAGCCAAUAACGCUCUUGACGGACUGAUCUGGGAUAUCUGGAAUGAGCCUGAUAUUGGUGGAUUUUGGGGAAGGCCAGCGCAGCAAUGGGUUGAUUUGUAUAUCAGAACUCAUAAGCGCCUUAGAUCCGAUUCAGCUCUGGCCGAUGUCAUCAUCAGUGGCCCUACUCUGGCUGAAUCCCCCGAUGUUGCGAGCUACUGGUGGAGUACAUGGGCUCCUCAAGUUGCAGGCAAUGAGACGUGGCCCGACCAAUACGCUUGGCACUAUGAAGCCGGUGUAGGUUCGAGUGAUCCCGAUAUUAGUAACGCUCUAUUCGAAACCUUGCUCGCGACCUACGGUCUGCCUUUCCGCCCAGUCAAUAUCAACGAAUAUGCCACUGCGGAUGAGCAGACCCCGUCAGGAUACGCUUUUUGGAUCAGCCGUCUAGAACGCUACAGCUAUGCCGGAUGCCUGGGUCUUUGGCACGCACCCCUAUAUGACAACUUUGCCAACUUGCUUACUAAGUACGGUAACGCAACCGAUCCCACCAAUAUCAACUACACCACGGCAGCUGGCUACCCUCUCUACGAGUACUACGUGAACUCGAUGACGGGUCUACGGGCAAACACAAUAAGCUCUGGGGAUGCACUUUUUGACAGCUUUGCAACUAUUGGUACUGAUGGAACGGUGCGGGUUCUGGCUGGCUCACGUGCCGUCACUGGGAAUUAUACGCUGCAGAUCCAAGGCUUGGAGACUGUUGGGUAUUCUGCGUCGGGGACACUAAAUGCUGAGUACUAUGCUUACUACGGCUCSGAUGACAUAUUUGACACGUAUGGGGCGGCUCCGUACUUGGGUACUCAGAGCGUUCCUAUUAGCGAUGGCGUGGCGGACCUCAAUGUCUACAUUCCUGAUCGACAUACGGGAUGGAGAAUUGAGUUUCCUGUCGUUUAG